AUGGCCCAUUCCAAACCCCUUCUCGUGGUCGCCAUUGAUAUCGGUACAACAUAUUCCGGCUACGCCUUCUCCUUCCAACACGAGUUUCUGGCUGAUAAACUCAAGAUUACAACCAACAAGGUUUGGUCAGAUGGGGACAACCACCUUCAGACCUCGUACAAAACCCCGACCUCUGUACUGAUAGACCCGUAUGGAGAUUUCCACAGUUUCGGAUAUGAAGCGGAGACAAAUUACUCGCAACUCGCCAAAAACAAGGAGGAGAAAAACUGGUUGUUAUUCCGUCGAUUUAAGAUGAACCUCUACAAAUCUCAGGUAAGCAUGGAUCUUGAAAUAUCCCACGGUCCUGAUAUCCCAUCCCUCAGCAUGCGCUAUUUAUAUAUGAGGAAAGCCGCUCUACAGUCUGGCAUACUUGGAGAUCAACUGGCUAUUUCACUGGAACCGGAAGCGGCCUCCAUUUUCUGUCAGUCCUUAUUAGCGAACAGUCGAUCCGAUGACGAAUUCUGUGACGCAGACGACAUCUCGCGGAAUGGAUCUCGAUACAUUGUUGUGGACGCUGGAGGUGGUACUGUGGACACGACAGUGCACGAGGUGAUGCUAAGCGGGGAUCUCAAAGAACUACACAAAGCCAGCGGGGGAGGUUGGGGCGGCACUCAGGUAGACGACCAGUUCACCGAACUGUUGUCAAGAAUUUUUACCGUAAAGGUCAUGAAGGAGUUCGGCAAACACCACAAAUCGGAUUGGCUGGAACUUGAGAAAGAAUUUGAAAUCAAUAAACGGAGGAUAUCUAGUAAUGAUGAACAGAAAUUCACCUUCCGGUUGCCGGCUUCUCUACAUGAAACGUUCAGCUUUCAGAGCAAGUGCUCGCUAGAGGACCAAGUGGCUGAGUCUGGGUUAUCCAGAGAUGUUCGGUUAACAGGCGAUAAGAUGAGAAUCAGUGGUAAAGUAAUGCAGUCGUUGAUGAAACCAACCAUUCAGAAAAUUAGCACUCAUGUAGAAACACUAAUGGCGGAUCCCAAGUGUAGAGGAAUUUCCCACAUCUUACUGGUGGGUGGGUUUUCUGAAUCGCCACUUCUCCAAGAGGAGUUCCGGAAGAACUUCCGGUCUGUGAAUGUGGUCACUCCACUGGACGCCGUCCUGUCUGUGGUGAAAGGGGCGGUGAUAUUCGGCCAUCGGCCCGGUGCCAUUGGAAUCCGUCUGGCUGCCUUUACUUACGGAAUUCGUAGCUUAUCCACUUUUGUUGAUGGUGAACAUGAUCCUGACAAGUUAAUUAUGAUUGAAGGUGAGAGGAAGUGCAAGGAUAUUUUUUACAGAUUUGUUUCUGUUGGUGAAGAAGUGCCAUAUGGUAUGGAAACUAGCGAACAUACCUUUUCUCCGACUUACUCUGGACAAACAAAAAUGAGGGCGACCGUGUACAAAUCCACGGUGACCAAACCCAAAUAUACAUCUGACCCUUCAUGUUUUAAGUUAGGUAGUUUCAGAGUAGACCUGCCGGAUUUGACGGGAGAGAAGAACCGUGAAGUCGGAGUGAAGUUUAUAGUUGGUGGCACAGAGCUCAAGGUGAAAGCUCACGAGAAGACGACCGGGAAGAUUUUCGACGCUACCUUUAACUUUGUGACAAAGUAA